GCAAGAUACCCUGAAGAUGGCUUCAUCGAGCGCUACACUUGGCAAGCUGCCGGAGUUCGACCCGGACAACGGGGACUUCGAGGUCUACCUCGAGCGUCUCGAGUGCUUCAUCGCCGCCAACGACAUUGCAGAAGAAAAGAAACUGCAGGUCUUCUUGACUACGAUCGGCGAAAAGGCUUACGGGACGCUAAGGAGCUUGCUUCUUCCAAAGACGCCUACGAAAGUAACAUUCGAGGUUGCCGUUGAUGCACUUAAAAAGCACUAUGCUCCCAAAAGUUCCGUGGUGACGGAAAGGUAUCGCUUCCACCAACGAAAACAAGAGAAGCAUGAAAGCGUGGCGGACUUCAUCGUGGGUCUGAAGAAAUUGGCGGCGACGUGUGCGUUUGGCACAUUUCUAGAGGAAGCUCUGCGGGACCGACUAAUCGCCGGCCUUCAAGCAGACGCUGUGCGCUGCCGACUGCUAGCCACGCCAGACGCUGAGCUGACUUGGGAACGCGCCUGCAACAUCGCCGUGGCUAUGGAAGCAGCUACGAAAGACACUCAGCAGAUGGCCUCUACAAAGAGCGAAGGCAUCGCAGCGAGCGUCUCCGACUUGCACUGGCAAGGACAAGCAAAAGAACGGCGUCCACAAGUUGCCGUCGCGCACUGGUACCUCCAGUACUGUGCAUACUACAAUCUGCACCUGGGGGGACACAGAGUGCAUGCCAUCGACCCCUUUGCCAAGGUCGUCGCUAGUCCUAAGCGUUCUUUGUUCAAGACGUCAUUUAGCCCUCCCGUAAUUACGAGGUUGUCACCGUGA